AUGCUGUGGGACAUGAUGUGCAUGGGUGGCUACACCAACCAAUCGCAAGAGUUUCACUCCACCUUCUUCGCACGCCACAUUGCCAGUUCCUUGGGACCGCAUCCUGGGGCCACCGGCGCCUCGGAUUCCUGGGAAAGCUUCAUGACAGACGACCACACGCCCAUAGAGCUUAGCUGGAACUGGGCUCCCUCGCGCAGUGGACCGUCCGUUCGGUAUUCCGUUGACCCGAUUGAGAUCUCUUCGGGUUCGAUUUUAGAUCCGUUCAAUACGCAGGCGAGCAUUGAGUUGCUGCAGAAAACGAUGCCGUACGCUGCUGCGUUUAAUCUGCAGUGGUAUGAGCACUUUACGAAGGCGCUGACCGUCUCGGGGAAGGGGUUGAGAAGUCAAGAUGUCAACUCGUCGAAGAUUCCGCGGUCGCAGCAGUUUCUGGCCUUCGAGCUACUGGACGAUGAGAUCAUGACAAAGGUGUAUUUCCUGCCUCAGUGGAAAGCCAAGAGAACUAGAGCUACGACUCUGGAAGUUGUGGAGAAUGCUGUUCAUGCUCUGGGAACGUCCGAUCCGUCAAUGUCUGCUGCCAUGGAUGUGAUCACUGAUUACAUCUGCUCGUUUCCCUUAGAAGAGCGUCCUGAAGUCGAGAUCGUGGCCAUAGACUGCAUUGACCCGUCAAAGUCUCGCAUCAAGAUCUACCUCCGGUCCCGCCGAACGACGUUCGACAGCGUGAUCGAUAUGAUGACCCUGGGUGGCCGGUUACCGGCUAUGACGGGGAAGGGUCAAGCUUCUCUGGAAGAGCUAUGGUGUUCCGUGCUGAGUCUUGAUAACGCGGAUAUGGACCUACCGGAAACCACACAUCGGACGGCGGGGAUUUUAUACUACCUCGAGCUUAGAGCAGACUCGCCGCUGCCAAAGUCGAAAGUCUACAUCCCAGCGAAGCAUUACGGGAAGGAUGACCUUUCGGUAGCUCGUGGGCUGUCUAAGUUCCUAGGCAACAGAGAUCAGUACAUGGCCGAUGGGAGUGACUAUCUAGAUGGCGUCACCCGAAUAUGCAAGCACCGCAAACUAGAAGACGGUCGAGGUUUCCAUACCUACAUCUCGUGCGCCGUAUCCGGCGAUGAUCUGAACGUCACAUCGUAUUACAAUCCAGAAAUCUACCAUGCUUCACGGGGCCAUUUGCGAUCAUGA